AUUUUGAGGUCAUUUUCACAAUCAACCCCAACUCAUUACACUAUGAAAAUACAGUCUUUUUCAUUCCUGUACAAAAAUAAUGUGGCUAGUAUUGAGUCAGGGGAUUUCGAAGCUGGAGGAUACAAAUGGAUAUUGAGGCUCUAUCCAAAUGGUGACUUGAAGAAGAAUGUGGUGGACCACAUCUCUUUCUACCUGGUAAUCUCUGGAUCAGCCUAUUUCCAAGAUGGUUGGGAACUUAAUGCUUUUUUCAGAUUGUUUUUGCUCGAUCAGAUAAAAGGCACCUACUUGGUACUUGAAGAUGCCAAUAAAAAAGUAAAGUGUUUUCAUGGGAAGAUGCUUUAUUCGGGUUUCGAUCAAUUUAUCCCUCUGGAAUCAUUUGUGGAUCCUUCCAAUGGUUAUCUCAUUGAUGACACCUGUGUGUUUGGAGCUGAGGUCUUUGUUUCUGAAAAAAGCAGAAUAGUUAGAGAAGAUUGCCUAUCAAUGAUCAAGAAUCCUGUCAUGUACCAGCAUGCUUGGAAGAUUGAGAAGUUUUCAGAGUUAAAAUCUGGAUAUUUCUCAGAAGCAUUUAAAGCUGGUGACUACAAAUGGAAGAUACUUAUCUAUCCCAAGGGAUAUGGCCUUGGAAAGGGUAGUCAUCUUUCUCUUUACUUGGGAUUGUCUAAUCCUAAAACCCUACCUCCUGGCUCUGGAAUAUUUGCAGCGCAUUGUGUGCGCAUUGUAGAUCAAAAGCACACUAAGCAUGUUUUCGUUAAAGGGUAUAACUGCUUCAGUGCCUCGCGUCUGGCUCAGGGUUGUCAACGUCUCAUUAAGCUGGACCUUUUCCGUCGGGCAGGCAGUGGUUUUUUGAAGAAGGAUACUUGCUUAGUGGAGGCAGAGGUCACUGUACACGGAAUUGCUAAAGCUCUUUAAUCAGCUUAUGGUAAGUUGAGGUAGUAAUGUAAUAUUUUGUGUUCAAAACAUGUUCUUGAAUUUUCCUAGAGCUAAAGUUAGAGUGGUCUUGACCAAAAAAAAAAAAAAAAAAGGUUAGAGUGGUAGGUUUGGCAUAUAUAGUUUGGAGAGGUUUCUUUAUAAGAGAACCUGGUGGUGGUGAAGUUACAAUGGUCUCAGGUAUCCUCAUGUGUCCUUUUUCAGGUUUAUUUACGUUUUUUUUACAACACCACCAUUUUAUUGAAGUCAAGACAUGUAUUCAACUGUUUUGAAGUUUAAGGUUAUAUUGGUUUUUUCUCUUGCAAAGUGACAAAAUUCUCUCAAUUAUAUUUGGUCAUGUAUGAAGAAAAGACAUGUAAGAUGCAAGUCACUGCCUGUUCAUACUUAACUCCAUGUAGCCAUAUCAUGUGUGCUCACUUCACAUUGUUCUACAUAUAUGCCAAACCAAGAUACAAGUCAAUAUGGUUCAAUGACUUACUACAUUGUGUUGGCUAUAAGCAAAAUAAUUAAACCUAAUGAAGUAGGAGAAUUCUCGGAUAUAAUGAUCCUCGUCUGAAAUAGUCAGAUGGGCCGCCGUUUUCUUCUCUUGGAAAUGGAUGCAGAAGAGGUUAUUUCAUGUAUUCAAGAUCGAAAAGCACGCCUGUAAAUAUUUUGGAGCCAGGAUCGAAAAGCAUUUCCUCCCGGCGCCAGAAUAUUUACAGAGUAUUCUCUAGGCCUUGUAGAUCAAGAGCUUGCCAAUCAUCUUUCUUAUAAAUGUAAAGCCUCAAGACCUCUUUAAUUUUUGUGUUUGAUUUUCAACACACUUUUCAAUUGAGCUGCAAAACAGGGUCCAGAUACAUUAAUCCACGAUAUAAGCUGCAUUAAAAUUAAAUUGAGAAUCUUUUUUUUUUUUUGUCCCACUUGUAAAUUAUAACUGGUUCAGUGCCAAGAGGUGGAUUUGAGGUCCUUCAAAUUUCAUUAAACUGGACCUUUUCAGUCAGACAGGCAAGGGUUUUUCUGUGAAGGAUACUUGCAUAGUGGAAGCAGAGCAGUCUGCUUAAUUCUGUCAUAUGUGGGGUGCAACUGAAUCUUUUCAUUUUCCAAUUAUACCAAAUUCAGGAAAUAUGUGUUGAUGAAAAAUAAUAUGGAAAAUCCGUUUAAUUAAUUCAAUAUAUGAAAAUAAAAAAAGAAACUACAAACUAGAAAAUAGCUUUUCAUUUUUUCAAUGAAUGAACCUGUCUCUUUCUUUCUCUGUUUCUACAAUACAUACAAUCUAACAUGCAUUUUUUCUCAUCACUUCAACCCAAGGUGUAUGCUCACCACCCUUCUCAAUACUUGACUGGUUAAUUUAUUUAUGUAACCAUGGUUAUGCUUAUGAACAUAGCUUAAGUAUUAAGAAGGAUACUGAGCAUACACCUUGGGUUAAAGUGAGCAGAAAUAUUUCCAUUUCAAUAUGACAUUAUUUCCUUUGGCUUAAUAAAAUUGGAAAACGAAGAGAUUGAUUGCACAACCAAUGAAUGUAGAAAUACCUUGUUUAAUGUGUAUCAAGCUAAUUCCUUUGUUUCAGUUUGUCAACAAGGGCAGCCUUCUUGAAGCGAAGUAUAUAUUGCUGUUUAUCCUAAAAAAUAGUUCGUUGGUGAACUUCACUGCCAUGGCUACUCUUAACAUCGACCAAGAUGGAAAGAUAAUUUCUCUGUCUCAACAACAUCAAGUGCUGUGUGACCGUGUCUUAGUGUAAACCCUACACAAAGGAAAUUCUACAAUUAUAGACUAAAGGAAUAUAUGCAUUAAGACUUCAGCACCCUAAUGCUUCUAUCUCUACGUGCCUUCUUGUGUUGCUGUAUUAUUUGGUUUCAGGGAUUUUGAGGUCAUUUUCACAAUCACUACAAACUCAUUACACUAUGAAAAUACAGUCAUUUUCAUCACUGAACAAAAAUUAUGUGGAUAGUAUUGAGUCAGGGGAAUUCGAAGCAGGAGGACACAAAUGGAAACUGAGGUUGUAUCCAAAUGGAAACUUGAAGAAGAAUGUGGUGGACCACAUCUCUCUCUACCUUUUUCAGAUUGUUUUGCUUGAUCAAAAUAACGGCACGUACUUGGUUCUUGAAGAUGCCAAUAAAAAAGUAGAGUGUUUUCAUGGGAAGAUGCCUUGUUCGGAUUUCGAUCAAUUUAUCCCUCUAGAAUCAUUUGUGGAGGCUUCCAACGGAUAUCUCAUUGAUGACACCUGCGUGUUUGGAGCUGAGGUCUUUGCUUCUGAAGGAAGAAUUAUAGGCAAAGGAGAGUGUAUAUCAAUGAUCAAUAAUCCCGUUAUGUACAAGCAUGUUCGGAAGGUUGACAACUUUUCAAAGUUCUAUGACUCAGAACCAUUUAUUGCUGGAGGCCACAACGGAUAAUGUUGACUCUUAGCCUUCCUCUUGCACUCAUCACAUUGCUUCCAAAUAUAAGAAAUUGAAAAGUUUCUUUUUCUUCAUGUGUUGGUUGUUAUAGGAUGAUAAGCCUCUCUCCCAAGGGACAUGGCAAGGGCAAGGGUAGGCAUCUUUCUCUUUCCUAGGCAUUGUCAGAUAGAAAAGCACUUCCUCCUGGCUACAGAAUAUUCAGAGAGUAUUCUCUGCGCCUUGUAGAUCAAAAGCUUGCCAAUCAUCUUUCUUAUAAAUGUAAAGGCCUCUUAGGGCCUGUUUGGUA